UAGUGAGUCUACUGCCCGUCCUCUCCCCCCGCAGACAGUGUCAGAUGGUACGAGCCGCUGCCACACUCAGCCUCAGCUUAGUGAGCAGGGACUCGCGCUCUGACUCGCUGAGGCUCCGGGCGGAUCCUCGUCUCCUCCUCCUGCAGCCAUGACUCAUUUCAGAAGUGACUGUCACCUGGACAGACACGGGAUGAACGGCCGGACCCCGAGCGCCAAGAGAGGAAGCAGCAUCUCAGACAGAUCGGACUAUGAGGUGGAGUACGGCCGGAACGCUGACGACUACAACAGGGUGUUCGACUACCAGCGCGUCCCGUCCUCGGUCCCAGCGGAGCCCAGACCCGUGAAACGAGCCCGCCCUUCAUCCUCCUCCUCCUCCUCCUCCUCUUCAGCAGCUCUGAGGAUGAAGCGCAGCAGAGGGAGCAGCAGGAGCAGCCACACACACACGUCGCCCUCCGGCAGCAGCGAGGCCGAACUGAAGAUGGAGGAGCUUCUUGCGAUAAAGAGGGAACUGACCGUGAUCAAGGUCCAGAUCGACGGCCUGUUGGACUGUGUGAACAAGAUGGACAAACAGAGGAAGGACGGCUCAGAGCGUCCUCACAGCAGGGAGCCCAGCGUGUCAGGAUCUCCUCACCGAGGUUCCGUCAGCAGUUUGGAGCGAGAGAGUCCAGAACCAGGAGAAGCCAGCGACGACGAGCCGCUUCCCUACCAGCAGUUCUACAGCCGCAGGAUAAAGCAGCAUCAGGCUGGUCUGGACGACGACCUGUGAUGCUGCAGCUCAGAAACAGACGCUUGAAGUGAGGACAGCUGUUUCAGGAGGUGCUGGCAGCACGCGGUACCGUGGAUCGACCCUCCACACCCGGAUCUGUCCACCGUCGUCUGUUUGUUUCAGGCUGCAGAGACAUCAUCUUUUAUAGCGUUACAUUAAUUGUUUGCAUUCGUUUAGAUGGUUUCCUUCAUGUGAGGCUGCCGAUGACGUCCAGUAAAUAAUGUCACACAUGAAAAAGGUGGUUUGACCAGAUGUGUUGCCAUUAAUGGGUUAAGACGAUGAACUGUUCUCCUAUUCUCCUAUAAAGCACACCAGUCAGGGGCUGCAGUAUUCAUAUGAAUGUUUAGUUAUUAUAUUGGGCCACAGUUUUCUUACCGUGUUGUCAUUGUGACUAACUGAGAGGCAUCUGUAACACAGGCCUCCUGCGUGGCCUCCGCUGUCAUGUGCAUUAAUAAAGUCAGCGCAGCAGCAGCUGGCGGCUCCUUAUCACACACUUCAUUUUCAUCAGGCCGCAGGUCAUUACGCGUGACCAGCUGUGGCCCGGAUCGGCACCGCGGCUCCGUGAGCCUCGUUUUAUGACGCUCUGAGUGAAUUACUCUUUAAUUUACUCAGGAAAUUGGAUUGGAGCGAAUAAUAACCGGCGCCGGCGAUACGUCCCCAACUUACGCCGUGACCCGACGGCCACGGAGGCUGUUGAUAAUUAAUUUAGGUCACAGCUCAGUAAAUGUAGCAGCUCAAUCAAAAUCCAAAAGCACUGAUCUAAACAAAGGUACAGAUUUGAGCUUCGUCCUGGUUUGGUUCAGGUUGAAUUCAUGGUUCAGCUCAUCAUGGCUCAGUCUCUGUUUUUGUUACACAUGGUCAGUUUUGGACAUCUGGUUUUAUUACACACACCUUUAGCAUCUUCAUCCAGCUGGAACUGACUGUGAAUAUGUUUAGAGCAUUCAUGUAUAAUAUUUGUUGUUUAAACAAAUGAAUAUUUGUGUACACUAGUGGCUCUUUAUACUUCUGUCUGUAGACUUUUAAAGGAAGCACUAACAUGUUUUAAUAAGAUGCCGUACAGCUGUAGGCGCUGAGUCGUUUGGACGUUCGUUGGCUGUAGUUUCUGUGCUUUUGUGUUUGUUCUCAGUGAAUGUAACUUAAACUGUGAGUGUAGUACAAAUAUUUUUAAUAAAACACGAGUGUUUCUAGUUUUCUUUGCAUAGACGAAGAA